AGAGAGAGAGAGAGCAUCCAGUCACCAGGAUAGGCUCCAUCAUCCACACACUGUAAGGUACAAGUGCAAGUAGCCUGCAAGGAGACUAUAUUCCCCUAAAAUAAUGGACGGGACAAAGCCUGCCAUGGAGUCCAACGCAGAGGAGACUCAGGACGAGGGGCAGGAGAGCAAAGGAUGCUUCGAGUGCUGCAUCAAGUGUCUGGGCGGGGUGCCCUAUGCCUCGCUGGUGGCCACCAUCCUCUGCUUCAUAGGUGUGGCUCUGUUCUGCGGAUGUGGCCACGUAGCGCUGACUGGGACUCUGACCAUGCUGGAGAAUCACUUCUCCAGGGUAUCUAGCGACCACGCCACCCUCACUGUGGUGAUUCAGAUUUUUCAGUACAUCAUCUAUGGCAUUGGCUCCUUCUUCUUUGUCUACGCCAUCGUCCUGUUGGCUGAGGGCUUUUACACCACCAGCGCCAUCAAGAAGGAGCUGCAGAGUGACUUCAAGACCACCGUCUGUGGACGCUGCAUCACCGCCUUCUUCAUGUUCCUGACCUACAUCCUCUUCCUGGCCUUCCUUGCCAUCUUCGGCUUCACGGCGAUCCCGGUUUUCCUCUUCUUUAACAUGUGGAAUACCUGUGCUACCAUGAAAUCUCCCUAUGCUAACAUCACCUCUCCUGACUCCAUCUGUGUGGAUGUCAGGCAGUACGGUGUUAUUCCCUAUAAUGCCACGCCAGGAAAAGCUUGCGGAGCUACGCUGGGAGAGAUUUGUAACACCAGUGAGUUCUACUUGUCCUACCACCUCUACAUCGUUGCGUUAGCCGGCGCCGGAGCCACCGUCAUCGCACUGAUCCACUACCUGAUGAUUUUGGGGGCCAACUGGGCCUAUCUGAAGAGCGCCGCCUCCACGCAUGAUUACCAGGACAUCAAGACCAAGGAUGACCAGGAUCUGGAGGCUGAGGCACGCUCCAAGGAGGGCCAGAACUCGUCCUCCUACUCAUAAGGACAAGAGAGCCCAACACCACCAUCCGUCUUCUCUCCACACCACAACCCCCAUCCCCUUGCAACAACUAACACCCACCCUUUCCCUCCGUUAAAACAAACCACCUCGGUCAUGUUUGAUAGUCCCAAAACCUCCUGAUUCUCCAUCCUCUUCCCUUCUGCAGUGUUCAUUAGGGGUUGUGGGUACGUCCUCACCUCUGAGGGGAAGAGAAUAGAAAGUCAGGAGAAGUGGCAGGCCCAGACGGAGGCGGAUGCUUUCAGAAUGGGAGAGCUCGCCCGCGGGGUCGAGCUCAGGUACAGUACAUCAGUUCAGAAGCGUCUCUUCCCUCGUGCUUUUGGGCGGCGACUCGUGAACGUGGCCCGGCUGUGAUGGCCUCGCGCCCUGAGCCAACACAGCCUCUCGACACACAGCUCCUAACAGCCUAAAAAAGAUAAACAUUGUUCACUGCCUGCAUCGACCAUAAAAAGCCAGGCAGUGAUCAACUUCCUCUGUUUUUUUGGUGUUUUAUAUGCAUAUAUAUAUGAAUAUGAAUAUAUUGUGCGAAUGUGUACGAAUGUUGUUGUUUUUUUUAAUACUCUCUGAAAAGUAUGCCAGAUACUAUUAUGAUCUUUUUUCUUCUUUAUGUUUUUGCGCUCAUAGGUUUUUCUCCUUUACUUUUCUUUCCAUCUUUAACUUCUUUUGCUAAUGCUCGUUGUUGCACUAUUAAAUAAAGAAAAAAAAGGGACAAUGAAAAUCCCUUAAAAAACAUGAACCACUCCAAUCCCUUCUCUCAUAGAAAUACCUAAAAUUAUGUCAAGUCAUGUGGUAUCUCAAGGAUUAUUAUGCAUUUACAUGAUAAGAGUUUAUUUACUCAUCAAGGCACUCACAGUUUAUUUAAGACCGGAGAGGUAGCAACCUUUGAAGCAAGGAAAAGCUUCGAGGAAUACGCUCAUUUGCUUUCAGGUCAAGGAUUAGAGGAAAUGAUUAAAAGUUGUCUGUAUGAUUUGUAAAAAGCUUCAUCAUAGCGCUACAGUUAGCAUAAAGACUGGAAACACAAAGACUGGUAUUGAGUCUGAUUUAAGAUGUUUCACUUCAGUGUAGUACACAGUGUACAUAAUCAUGUAGUGUAUGAAUUUUGAUUUGUUUCAGCAAGUCAUGCACCUACAGAAACAACAGUUGUAGCGUUGGAUCGAUUGUUGCGCUAGCUAACAUAUUUUGUGAACAUUCCUUUUUGUUGAGACGCCGACCAAAUAUUAACCUAAUUCACUCUACAAUGAAGAUGAUUAAGUAAUAUAAAAUGCAAAAAUCAAUCCAAAAACAAACACAAAAACACUAAUGCCAUCAGCUGAAGAAAGAUAUCUGCUGCUGUUAGCUAGCUAGCUAGCUAACUAGCAUUGGUAGGGCCUGCUGGCUGAAACAUUGUUUGUAAAGCCCUCCUUUUCCAGUUCAUAGCUAAAAAUUGUUUGAUGGGUGCUCCGUUACCACUUUUGGGCUAAUAAUUAAUUGAAGGGCCUUCUUUUUCCAGUUCUUGGCUAAUGUUUGCUGGUUCCUCUUUUUCUGUUAUUUUUCCGCUACAAGAUGGUGGCCAUUAUUAAAAGUGAGAAGUUCAGCCUUACACACUUCCUGUAGCCAUACUUUUUAGUAUUAAUGCAGUUAUGCAUUCAAAACAGCAAGUGCAAGUAAAGAAGUACAUCAUUUUAGUACUUUCUUACGCAUUUUAGUGCUUGAUGUUUAUUUACUGACAAAGGUGGUAUGGAUCUACUCAUCUAGCUCUUGGCAAGAAAACAUAUUAGCAUACUUCUGAAUAUGAAACUGCUCUUUUGAAGACCAAAAUGGGGUUUUGCUACACUCACCACCAGCCGCAGCAGAAAUCAAAGAUAAAUCUGUCCGGGUCUUAAAAAAACAGACACACACCUCAGGUAUUAAACCAAGUCUGAUUUUCCACCAGUUGUGUACUUUUCCUAAAACAUCACCAGUUAAACUCUUCUCCAGACUGCAGUCCUGUGUGAAUUAUACAGUAAAAACUUUUCUUUUCUUCUUUUGAGAAAGUUCACCUGUAAAUAGCCGAAUGACCCUAAAAACAUGAAAUAGCUCCAUUCCCAAACCAAUGAGAACACAAUCAGUGAUUUGCCAUGCAAUUUGUUUUCCACAAAUAUAUGUAAAUGUACCCUUUGAGAUAUGUGUUUAGCACUCAGAUACUAGUUCUGCAUUUGAUAUAAUAAUUGUAAUGUAACAUCUUAAAUGAUAUGUCGUGAGAGGGAUAAAGUGCAGUCACAUGAUAUGAUGGAUUGAGGUGCUUGUGACGUAUACAUUUUAAAAUGUGACAAAAAAAAUAUAGUGGAAAUUGAUUUUUAAUGUUUUAUCAGUUUUAGGCAGCUGAGUUCUUCUUGUAAAUUAGUACUAAUUAUUUUAUGGAACAUGUCUGUGCUUAUUUUUGUUCGACGGCCGACCAAGUGAGUGACUCGAGACAUGAGGGGGAGUCACUCUUUUCUUCAUUUCUCCUAUUUUAUUUCCUUUUUUUAUACGUCAUGCCUCUCAAAUGAGCCACAGAGACUGUUUUUGGAUGUUUACACUGAAUAAAACAAGUCAGGAAUUUUCAGACAUUAAUUUUAUAACCAGAUAUUGUUUAAUAAUCAUGAACUAUAUUCUAUAUCAGUCAUUACUGGUUAGUUCACCCUCAAAAAACACUGAAAAAAACAAUUUUUUGAACUUUGAUGAGAUGAAGCAUGUCAGUAUCGUCCAUGUGUGCAGCUGUCUAUUCUGUAUAAAAAAGGACUAUAUUGCCAUGUGUGUUAUGUUUGAUAAAUAUACGUGCUUUGCCGCCAGGUCGAUGUAAAGGCAAACUUCAAUUUCCUAUAAGACGAUGCGUGUCAGGGUGUUGUUGUUUCCUUGUUAUUUGCAUGAAGGAGACAUGACUGUGUCUUUGCAGUUUUUCAGGUGAUGUGUAGUCAAUUGUAAUGACAACUAUGGUAGGCGGUGUUUGCCCCCUUCCUUCCUCCCCUUCCACCCACUCUUUUCUAAAGAAAACUCCAUUGUACUUUGAUGGCAUUGUAGUCCCUGUAGGUGUUUCAUUAUGGUUUUAUUUUUUAAGUUGGAAAUAGUUCUAUGACUCCUAUAUAGUGAUGAUUUUUGUAACCUUCUCUAGUAAAACCGAUAUUUUUUAUUAUCGUGACAUCGUUGCCUCCCGCCUCUUCCUUGUGAUUUUUAUGGACACUUAUUUAAAAAAUUAAAGUGAAAGUAUAGAUAAGAGA